AUGUCAACGGAAGUCCCUGUGCAUACGAAAUCCUCCACCCCAGGAGGUCGCGGUAGUCGAGUCAUCGACGUCGUUCCAGCACUUUUUGAUGCAACGCUAUUUGCUGACGAGAUGGCCACACAGGUUGCGCUACGCACGCUUGGUCGCCAUAUUGUCGACCCAACCACUGUAGUCGAAGACGCCGUAGUUGAGCUUGAGGCUCCUGCGCAUGUCCUAGAGCUGGUCUUGUCCACGGUAGAUGACAUGGCAUAUACAGUCCUCGUCAAGACGAUACUUGCCUGGUUCAAGCAAGGAUUGGCAGACUUGUUAGCCUCCCCGGCUCCUAGACUGCUAAGUCGUUUUUCUCUCUUCUUCCUUUUUCUCUCGCGCACUGCAUCGGAGGGGGCGUCCGACUCGUCCAACGGCGCGUGCUGGCGGAACAACCAGGCUGCUACGGCGGUUCUGCGUGAGCUUCUGAAGCUGCGCUUCGUGAGAGAGGCGCACAUACAUCGUGAGCAGACCAGUGUCGCUCAAUUGGACUUACCGUUCUCGAUCAAGGCAGCUGAUUCUUCGCAGAGCAAGAGAAAGCAGGCUAGGCGCGAGAACCGUGGGCCGGAUGUGGAUGCGAAGAUCCUCGCCACUUAUGGUGCUCGAGUGCCCGAGGCGCCGUCCGAGGCGUUGUCGCUGAUGGGGACCAUCUGUGACGCUCAAUGUUGCGCACUGAAGGAAUACCUGGAGAAGUUCCGACUCCCUACCGUUCAGGCGGCAGUCAAGGAUAUCUUCUUGCAACCAUUCACUAGCGUGUCACAUGUCUCUCAAGAGCAAGAUGACAGCAGUUCUGGUGAAGAUCAGGAUGUCGCCAGACCCCCUGCGUACCCCUUCGUACAGCCCAUGAAAGCUGCCCAGCUCUUCGACGAUGCAGAUGGUUUCGGUGAAUGGCGCGUCUUCCUCACCCCACGUGCUAUCAGAGACCUACGUCACGCGAAGGAUGGUAAGCUAUUCAGCAUCGUAGUCAAGAAAAUGAAAGAACUGUCCAAUGGCCACUUCUCCGACGACAACCACAAGCGGUUGACUCACGGUUAUGAAGUAGAGAGCCCUGUUUACGAGGCCAAGAUGACGGGCAACACGCGUCUAGUAUACCAAAUCGACUGCGUCCAGGAGCCUGGUGACGAGAUCCAUGGGGUAUAUACGCACAACAAAAUUGACCCACACCGCUUUUGGGACGCUAUGCGCGGCCAGCUCGUGCAGCAGAAGGGUGCGGAGUACCAGAGACGAUGCGCGUUCCGCAAUCCGCCUGUGAAUCCUGGAGACAAUGUCUUCUUACCCGCAACUUGGCGCCGACACGGGAUAUGA